CAGACGCGCGGGGGGGGGGCGCGGAGGCCCCCCCCCGCUGCGGGGAGGUGGCCGAGGAGCGUCCGCUGCUGCCGCGGCUGGCUCGGGGUCCCUCCCCUCAGGCAGCCCGAGCCCCGGCCCAGGGGAGCGGCUCAGCGCGGCAGGGAUGAGCCCGGCUGCCUCGCACCCCCCGUAACGGCGCCGCCAUGAAGCGGAAGAACUGGGCCGGGCCCCGGCGACACUCGGCCCCGGCGCCGCCGGCCGUGAAGAAAACUCGGAGCGCGGCGGCUGCAGCCGCGGGGGUGGAAGAGGAGCCGCCCCCGUCCGGGCCGGAGAGCUGCAUGGAAAUCACCGGUCGCCUUUAUUUUGCAAUUCUCUGCCAAAAACCAAAGAGUGGUGUUGCAAAUACACACUAUUUCUGCAUAGAUGAUGAACUUGUAUAUGAGAACUUCUACGCAGAUUUUGGACCUCUCAAUCUGGCAAUGGCUUACAGAUAUUGUUGCAAGCUAAAUAAGAAAUUAAAGUCAUUUACAUUGAUAAGGAAGAAAAUAAUUCAUUAUACUGGCUUUGAUCAGAAAAAACAAGCAAAUGCUGCAUUCCUCAUAGGCUCUUACGCAAUAAUAUACUUAAAAGAAUCACCCGAAGAUGUGUACAGGCUCUUAUUGGCAGGAAACGCAUCUUAUCUUCCUUUCAGGGAUGCUUCAUUUGGUACUUGCAGUUUUCAUCUAACAUUGCUUGACUGCUUUCAUGCAAUAAAUAAGGCUUUGCGAUAUGGCUUCCUGGAUUUCAGUGCUUUUGAUGUAAAUGAAUAUGAGCAUUAUGAGAAAGCAGAAAAUGGAGAUUUUAACUGGAUAAUACCAAACAAAUUCAUUGCCUUCAGUGGACCUCAUUCAAGAAGUAAAACUGAAAAUGGUUAUCCGCACCAUGCUCCUGAGGCCUAUUUCCCAUAUUUCAGAAGGCACAAGGUUACUACCAUAAUACGUCUUAACAGAAAAAUGUAUGAUGCCAAACGAUUUGCAGAUGCUGGUUUUGAGCAUUAUGACCUCUUCUUUGCUGAUGGAAGCAUACCUAGUGAUACUAUAGUCAAAACAUUCCUAAAUAUUUGUGAAAAUGCUGAAGGUGUUAUAGCAGUUCAUUGCAAAGCUGGUCUUGGCCGAACUGGCACACUUAUAGCCUGUUAUAUUAUGAAGCAUUAUAGGAUGACAGCUGCUGAAACCAUUGCUUGGAUUAGAAUAAAUAGACCCGGCUCAGUAAUUGGACCACAGCAGCACUUCCUUGUAGAGAAACAGACAGAACUUUGGACAGAAGGAGAUAUUUUCCGUGCAAAGUUAAAGGGAAAUCGCAAAAUUGCUGUUACAAAAAUCCUCACAGGAGUAGAUGAUAUUUCAAUUAAUGAUGCAAAAAACCGGAGAGCCAACAGAAAAGACACUGAACUGUACAGUGAUGAAGAUGAUGCAAACUGUGUAACACAAGGUGAUAAGCUUCGUGCCCUGAAGAGUAAAAGGCAGGCAAAGGCUGCAACCACAGUUCCCCUAACAGUAAUUCUACAGUCCAGUGUUCAGAAAAGUAAAACGUCUGAACCUAGCAUUUCUGGCAGUGCAGACAUUAAUAAAAGAACUACCAGGUCUGCUGCAAGAAAAAGCAGUUUAAAAAGUCUGAUACCUCAGAAGGAGAAAAGGAAAAGGAAUGCUUUACAGCAAAUGCGUUUAAUGAAAUUAUGUGGUCACUCCAUACCAAGGACCAGGACAGUGCUGCGUUAAGUAAAAAGAAGUGACUGAAGAGGAUGCUCUGGAGGGGUGGGGGAAUGGAAUAUUGCUAUGGAACUUUAAAAGUCUUUCCUUUCAAAGAAAUUAGCUGCAAAAUGCAGCUAAGAUUUAGCAGAAAAACUCCUCCUAAUUUGUAGAAGAAAAUGACCAGUUUAAGAUGCUUGACAAACAGUUCAGCUUUCUAAUUCUAAACGUUUUCUCAAAUGUUAAAAAAAAAAAAAACCACCUUGUAAAUUUAGACUCAGGUGUAAAUAUCUAAACUCUCUAUUAUAAAGAGGGUUUACUAGUGGGUAUGAUGCAUGUGUGUAAUUGUGAUGGCAAUCACUUAGCUGCUGGCCACCAUAAGAAGUGAAGAUGUGGUGGGAGCUUUUAAAUAUUUAAUUCACUGUUGUCCGUCCAAGCUGAUCUCAGUGUCCAAUACAGAGCAAAUCUUGGGAAGGCAAGAUUUUAUUCUCAUAACAUUGUACUUUCCUGUUGAUUUGGAUAGCCUUCCUUAUUUUGUAUGGAUUUUUUUAUGAAGCUGUAAUGUUAAAUACCCAAACUAAUUACUGUACGCCAAAGACUGCUUUAUUUCAAAGGGUUUUUAAAAAAAAAAAAAUUAACUAAAAGCUGUUAACUGUUUUAUUAGUAAUAGCUUUUAGUUGCUCAAAUUGCUUGAAAACAUUGAUUUUUCCUACCAGAGUUUAUAAUUUAAAGCAGCACCAUCAACUUAGAUUACAUGGCUAGUUGAAAACUUUUUACCUACUUGUGCUACAGGUAAUACCUAAGGUACUCAAUCUUUCAGACAUGGUAAUAGUUCCUAAAGUUUAUGCAUCAGACCAUCUUUAUGGUCAUUGUCAUAGUUUCCCUUGUUUAAUCAUUUUCUUCCAUACUGGGGUUAGGGGAAAUAGAGGCACUUAAAAAAAAUGAGUUGUGAUUGUAAAACCACUGAAAUUGGCAGUGGGGAGCAGGUGUAGUCAGUCAUUUUUUAAAAACAGUUAUUUCAAGGUGGCGGUGCUCCUUGAAACAUCCACGUACUUUUGUUUACCAAAAAAAAAAGCCCAUGAUACCUAAUUAUCUGUUAAAUGUCAUUGUAAUUUUUUAAAGGUGACCUAGGAUUUGAAAUUUUAUUUAUUUCUUUUUCAGUACUCUCUUCUAAAUCAGAAAAGUUUUUCCCUCCAGAUUUAUCCUAUUAUAUUUGAACAGCUUAUUUCCCCCCCAGUAUCUUUGUUUGCCAACAUCACAUUUGACAUGUGCACACCCCUCAGAACAGAUCUGUUACUGCAUAGCCAACAGUAAAAAGAGGUUUGUUUUUAUGAGUUCUGUAUAAAUACAUCUGGGGAGGAAGGUUGAAAUGUUACUCAGCAGAGGUUUUUUUUGUCCUGAAGAAAGACCUACUGUCUUGCAGUGGGAGGGAAUGUUUCUACUAAAUUUAAACAGUGCUAGGCAAGGUUCAACACCUAGGUCUAAUUUAAUCCCCUUAUUAGAGCAUUAAAAAAAAUCAUCAUGGUAAUUGAAGGGUGUUUCCUAGAUAGUGUAAGUAACAAUAUGUUGGCUUGACUAGCUUUUGAUGCUAAAGGCAGAAGAGUAUUAGUCCAGGAUAUGGUUACUUGUUAAGUUAACGGAAGCACCUCCCAAAUUGUUCUGAACUUUUUAAUUAUACAAACUUGAAUGUAAAGAAGAUAGAAGAAAAGGUUCUUCCAGUAUGGAAUCAAAACCUUGAAGAGGUAUUUAAUAUCUUUUUUUUUCUUUUUUUUGGAAGAAGAAACCCUGUUGAUUCAUCUGACUUUGCUCCUUUGCUUUGUACAGCUGAGAGAGACUUGUCUCCAGGGAGAUGGUAAUCUUAGGCUUUGGCUACACUUACACUUCAAAGCGCUGCCGCGGUAGCGCUGCCGCGGCAGCACUUUGAAGCGCUAAGUGUAG